CUUAAACUGAAAAUAGCGCAAUUAAGGGAACAAAAGUUGUUUCUGACGGAAAGUAAAAUCGAUUUUCGUGUUUACGUUGAACACACCGUGGCAACGCGAACGGUGCAAAGAGCAAGGCCUGAAAAACAUCGCGCUACAGCGAAGUAACCUGGAAACGUGCGAUAUGGAGGAGGAAAAAGGGAAAGACGAGGCUGAAGAUUGGAAAAUUUAUGAAGCAUUGUGCAGCAAAACACCUACUGAGAUGGAGGCCGACACUGGUAAUGAUAUCAUCACAGCACUGAGAAGUGAUCUUGCUGGAUUGCAGUACAAACGAGAUAAAUUAAUUUCGGAGAAUAGUGAUUUAAAAAACCAAAUGCUUUCUCGAGACCAAAGAAUAUUAGAACAACAGGUGGAAAUAGACCAUCUACGUGAGCAAAAUGCCCGCCAAAAUGCAAUUAUAUCCUCGCUCAGAAAGAAAAUUCAUGACCUUGAAGAGAUACAUCGGAAUCUACAAGCGUCUCAAGGGAGAUGUGAUCUUACCGUGCAAACCUUGCAAAGAGACAACCGAUACUACGAAGAUAAAAUUAAAGAUAUGGAAAAGAAACUACGAACACUUGAGCUAGAAUGCCACAACGAAGAACAACAAAAGGAAAAUGCAAGAUGUCAGUUCCAUGAUCUAGUGCGACGCAUGUCCGCCGCUCUGGACGCUGAUUUUUGUGAUACGACACACACGCACUCCCCUGAAAGUCUCAUCAUAAAAGCAGCAGAGCUAGUUCAAGAAAUUUCCAGAUUAAAGAAUAAAUGCUUGAACACCACUGAAAAUUUAUCGUCUGUUGAACAAGAUUUCAGAAGUUGUAGAGAUGCUUUAGAGAGAUCAAAUGCUGAUAAAGAUAUGUUACAGCGACAGCUCUCAUCACAAAUCUUAGAGACCGAGAGGCUGAAACAAGAGAAAGAGUCUUUGUCCGUGCAAAAUAGGGUCAUUGAGCGGGAGCUACACGAAGCGCGAGAAAAGCUAUCUCAUUGUUCAAAGAACUUAAAUGUCGUCACUGACAAUGUGAAUCAGAAUGAAGCAAUAAUAGUCCAGUUAAAAGAGGACCUUAGACACAGAGAUGAGAAGAAUCAAAGACUACAAACAGAAUUCCGUAAUACCAUGGAAUCAAUAGCAAUUUUACUUAGUCUUCCCACAAGAUUUGUAGAAGCCCAUGAAAGCACUAUCAAGGACAGGAUUCGGGAAAUAUUAAGUGACAAUAAAGAUAAGUCAGUGCAAAUAGACGCUCUCCGCGACAAGCUAUCCCUAGAGUCGCAACAGCUGGGCCGCACGGCGCACCUGCACGACCAGGCGACCACGCGCGUGCGCAUCCUCGAGGACGAGCGCAAUAUGCUGGAGGGCAAGCUGCACAAGCUGGAAGCCGAGCUCAACGCCGUGGAGCUGUGCCGAGACUCGCUCAGGAAAGAUAAGGCUAACGAGGGCAAGCUGCACAAGCUGGAGGCCGAGCUCAACGCCGUGGAGCUGUGCCGGGACUCGUUAAGAAAGGAUAAGGCUAACAGUCGCAAUAUGCUGGAGGGCAAGCUGCACAAGCUGGAGGCCGAGCUCAACGCCGUGGAGCUGUGCCGGGACUCGUUAAGAAAGGAUAAGGCUAACAGUCGCAAUAUGCUGGAGGACGAGCGCAAUAUGCUGGAGGGCAAGCUGCACAAGCUGGAGGCCGAGCUCAACGCCGUGGAGCUGUGCCGAGACUCGCUCAGGAAGGAUAAGGCUAACAGUCGCAAUAUGCUGGAGGGCAAGCUGCACAAGCUGGAGGCCGAGCUCAACGCCGUGGAGCUGUGCCGAGACUCACUCAGGAAGGAUAAGGCUAACAGUCGCAAUAUGCUGGAGGGCAAGCUGCACAAGCUGGAGGGCAAGCUGCAUAAGCUGGAGGCCGAACUCAACGCCGUGGAGCUGUGCCGAGACUCGUUAAGAAAGGAUAAGGCUAACUUCGUGGCAUUCCUCGAGCGGCUGAGCAGAACGCUAAAUAUGGAUGAGUUGACCCAGGACAUCGGCAUCGAGCUGCACACCGAGUCGAUAAUCCACCGCGCCGAGCAACUCGCUAGGCUCGAGAGCGAUAAAAUUGUUGACAAGCUGCUAUACUACGGAUACUACGGCACGCUGCCAAGGCUCCGCAGAGAAAGAUCAUUCCAUGACUUGCCUUAUCUUAAAGAAACAGCCGUUGUUUACCAACUUCAGCGAAGGAUAAGGAUUUUAAGAGAACAAUUGCAAAGAAAAGACUUGCAUUUAGACCUUCUGCGGCGUAAACUGAGCAUACAGGAGGAGAGCUCCCGUGUCCGGACCGUGCUUCAAGCGGAGCGCGAUGAAGCGGUGGCGCGUAGUAAGAAGCUGGCGCGGCAGUGCGACAAGCUGUCUGUGCAGCUCACUGACGCGCGCGCGCAGAUUCGGGACCUCAACGCGCAGCUCGCUGAUGCUGCUGAAUACAAGAUUACCGCCCUAGAAAAAGCCCGUAAAAUAGAGGAGUUACAAAAGAGAUUGGACGAGGCAGAGUUACUUCGGACCAGAUACAACCGUAAGGUCAACGUGUUGAAGGACCAAGUGCGGGCUACCGGAGAGACCUUCGAGCAAGAGAGGACCACCACUGAGCACCAGAUAGCUAUGCUGAGGGACGACUUGGCCAGGACUAAAGAAGCCCUGGCCGAGUGUCAGAGAAGGGAGGCUCAGUUGCUCAGCUUCAGGCACUCGAUCGCGAAGCUACUCGGCAUCCUGGUGCCCGCAUCAGUAUCAGACUUCGAGAUGGUGUCGCGGCUGCAGAAGCUCAUCGACGCGCACCACGACUUCACGGUGGUGUCGCGCCGCUACGACGACCCCGCGCUCUUGCGCGCCUCCUCGCGCUCGCCGCCGCCGUCCAGGUGCAGGACCAGGACACCUGACAGGUACAUGAUCAGUAAUAGAGCAGUCUACUUGUCGGCUGGAGGAGAC